UUUAUCUUUUUCUCGCUUCUUUGACGAGGAAUUGAUGGUUUUGGACUCUAGUCUCUCGCGGCUUGAUUUGUUUUUAUAAUGGUUCGGUUUUCAUUUUUUUUUUUUUUACAAUUUCUUUCGGGUGGGAAGAAGAGAACUGGGGUUGUUGACCUAAACUAGUUGGAUUAUAUUUUUCGCUGCAAUUCAUAGUGGUUUUGGAAAUUGCGUAUGCACUAAAUUGUGCUGGAGUUGUUCUAGGGUUUCAGGUGCAAUCGACUCUACCAAUUUGGGGUGUUGCUGGGAAUUGUGCUAUAAAAGUUCUGUCUUUGGGGAAGAGAUUUGGAAGAAGCUGCAUUUUGAAUCAAUUUCGAGGCUGUAGAAAGAGGAAAGUUUGCUACCAGUUGGUGGGGGGAAUUUUUUGAAGUUUUAUUUUUUUUUUCUGGGCUUUUUGGGCCAAAUGCACUGUGUUUAUCAGAAUUAGAAGCUUCAGUUUUGGUGCUUAUUAAGGAAUUCAGCUUGAUAAAGUGAUCUAAGGGUUUCGUUGGGUUUCAGUUUACCUCUGAUCUUCUCUGAGCUCGGUUUCUGAAUUGUUGUAUCUGUUUCUUGGAAUUUGAGUGAAAUGGCUUGUGUGAAAUUGGGUUCCAAACCUGAUGCUUUCCAACGUCAAGGGCAAGCAUGGUUCUGCACAACUGGGCUUCCCAGUGACAUUGUUGUUGAAGUGGGUGAAAUGUCCUUCCAUCUUCAUAAGUUCCCUUUGCUCUCUAAAAGUGGGGUUUUGGAGAGACUGAUUGCAGAAGCUUCUGAGUCUAAGGAAGAAUCUGUCAUACACCUACCUGACAUUCCUGGUGGGGCCAAGACAUUUGAACUUGUCGCAAAAUUCUGCUAUGGUGUGAAACUUGAACUUACAGCUUCAAAUGUUGUGUACCUGUGGUGCGCUGCCGGGAAUCUUGAAAUGACUGAGGAAUAUGGUGAAGGUAAUCUUGUUUCACAAGCUGAAACCUUUUUCAAUCAAGUGGUCCUCCGAAAUUGGAAAGACUCUCUCAGAGCACUUCAAACCUGUGAUGAUGUUCUGCCAUUUGCUGAAGAGCUCCACAUUGUGAAAAGGUGCAUUGAAUCACUUGCUGCAAAGGCAUCUACUGACCCAAAUUUAUUUGGGUGGCCCGUGCUGGAGCAUGGUGGACCCAUGCAAAGCCCUGGUGGAAGUGUUUUGUGGAAUGGGAUAAGUACUGGGGCGAGGCCAAAGAAUUCAAGUUCAGAUUGGUGGUAUGAGGAUGUAACAAGUUUGAGUUUACCAAUUUAUAAGAGGUUGAUAACUGUCAUGGAAUCUCGAGGAAUUAGGCGGGAGAUCAUUGCUGGUUCUCUUGCUUCCUAUGCUCAAAAGUAUCUGCCUGGGUUGAACCGACGUAAGGUUUCUGGCGAGACCAGCAGCCAUCUGGCACCAUUGGCUUUGGGAUCUCCUCCGUCUGAAGAAGACCAGAAGAUUCUGCUGGAAGAGAUUGAUCGGCUACUCCCAGUGCAAAAGGGCCUGGUCCAAACAAAAUUCCUUUUUGGUCUACUUCGAACAGCUAUGAUUCUAAAAGUGAGCCCCAGUUGCAUAUCAAAUUUGGAGAAGCGGAUUGGUAUGCAGCUUGAUCAAGCUAAUCUGGAGGAUCUCUUGAUGCCUAGUUUCUCAUAUUCAAUGGAGACACUUUACAAUGUUGAUUGUGUGCAAAGAAUUCUUGAUCAUUUCCUUGCCACGGAUCAGGUUACCGGUGCCACUUCUCCAUGUUCAGUUGAUGAUGGCCAAUUGAUUGGAUCACCUUCAUUGGCUCCAAUCACCAUGGUAGCAAAGCUGAUUGAUGGUUACCUGGCAGAGGUUGCACCAGAUGUUAACUUAAAACUUCAAAAGUUUCAAGCAAUUGCUGCUGCUGUUCCAGAUUAUGCCAGACCUUUGGAUGAUGGUUUAUAUCGUGCUAUUGACAUUUAUUUGAAGUCUCACCCAUGGUUGGUGGAGUCUGAGAGAGAGCAACUGUGUCGGCUGAUGGACUGCCAGAAGCUCUCAUUAGAAGCCUGCACUCACGCCGCACAGAAUGAGAGGCUACCAAUCAGAAUAAUAGUUCAAGUCCUAUUUUUCGAGCAGCUCCAGCUUCGAACUUCCAUCGCGGGUUGCUUCCUAGUUUCUGAUAAUCUCGACGGAUCGAGACAACUAAGAAGUGAUUUGGUUGGAUCUAACGAGGGUGGCUGGGCAUCAGCCGUGAAGGAAAACCAGGUAUUAAAAGUUGGAAUGGAUAACAUGCGGAUGAGGGUAUCUGAGCUUGAGAUGGAGUGCUCAAACAUGAGGCAGGAAAUCGAGAAAUUGGCUCGCACAAAGGGAUCAAGCGCUUGGGGUGCAGUGUCUAAGAAGCUUGGGUUUAAGAUGAAGUCUCAAAUGUGCAGUGCUCAAGAAGGAUCAGUUAGUAACAAUAAGAAUAAUAAUCACAGUGGAAAUAUUAAGGUUGAGAAGUUGAAGGAUAGACAUUCAAAGCACAAGAGAAGUUCUUCUAUUAGUGACAAAGCAUCGGUCUCUUCAAUUGUUCCUUCUAAGUGACGACUCGUCCAUUUACUAAUAACAUUUUUUUAUUUGCUUUUAUGUUAAUGUGCCAUAUUGGAUUCACAGUUUCUUUGUAAUUGCAUCCCGAGUAAAAUUGGGUUGGAAACAAAGGCCAGUCUGUGUGUAACUGAAACCGUAGAACUAGCUUUUUUUUUUUUUUUAUUCUUUUUCUCACUUCCACCGUGCACAUAAAAUCUUUAUGCACAUUAUUAAUAUUCUCUACAACAAAAUUCAUUUAUUUGAAUUUCGAGGGAUGUAUCCUUAGAGAUCCAUUCCA